AAUAACGUCUGUCGUGUCGACUGUCGCUGUAAAAUUUCAUCGGUGGGUUCAUUAAAAAAACGAUAAAAAUCGACGCGAUAGAGUUUUAUUACGUAAUUUCUUCGUCACGUCGGAUCGAUUCGAAUAAAAAAAAAUUUUCCCCGUAGUUCGAGCAUUGUAUAUUUCGUCUUAUUAGCUUGUUAAGUUACUGAGUGUCGUUUUGCAGACCCCCAUACUUGCGUGUGCUUUGCCUUUGCCGUGUGAAUUAAGGCCGAUCUACGAUGAUUGACCUUACGGUGAAGACUUUAGAUUCACAAAAUCAUGCUUUCUCGUUGGAAGACGACCAAAUAACGGUACGAGGCUUCAAAGAAUACAUUGCAGAAGCAGUGUCAGUACCAGCAGACUCACAAAGACUUAUUUAUUGUGGUAGAGUGCUUCAAGAUGACAAAAAGUUAAAUGAUUAUGAUAUUAAUGGAAAAGUCAUUCAUUUGGUGCAACGCGCACCACCUCAACCUGGUCAGAGAGGAAAUGACAGUGGCCAAAGUCAGGGUCAAAAUCAUGGAGGACAAGGCUGGCAAAAUCCACAAAGAACACAUUAUAGACUUACUCGAGCCCAAAUGCAUGGGAAUACUAUGUUUUUGGGUGCAAUGUCUGUACCGGCAGAAAUUGUUGAAGAACAUGUAUUACCAGUACCUCAGUUGAGCAACAGUUUAUCUAACAGCCGUUUACUCUUGGCAAGACGAAUGCUUCAACGUGCAAAUGAACUGGUAGAAAGGCUGGCAGAUCCAAAUUAUCCUCUUAACCCUCCUUCAUCUGAAAGUAACCAACCACCUCUGACUCAGGUAGUGCAAGUACACAGUCAGCAAUUAGAAACAGAGCAUUAUAUUUUUAGCAAUAAUGAAGGCAGAUCGAAUGGUGGUACCAGACUAACAGAAGCUGCUGCAGCUGCAUUUGCGGCUGCCUUCUCUGCAGCUGGAGCAAAUGUCAGAUUAUAUAGAGGAAAUAGCGAAGACAGUGUUGAGACAGCAUCACCGAAUGAUACUAACGAGGAAAAUCAGUCAGAUGCACAACAGUCGCAACAAUCGCAACAAUCGCAACCAUCGCCACCAUCGCAACCAUCGCAACCAUCGCAAUCUGAACAGCAAGGAUCUACGUCGACUAGUGAAGGACAAUCAAAUAGGCGACCUACAACACAGUUUCCACGACCUCCACAGAUGGCAGAAUUGUUGGAACAGUUAAUGAAUACUCAAGACAGUUUACGACCCUUCCUUGAGCGUUAUCGUGCUCUCAUGCUUGCUGACCGAGCAUUACCCCAAGGAAGCGGGCCUGGAAGCGUUGAAGAAAGUCAGAGAAUAGUAGACGGUGUCAGUGAAAGCUUACACUAUCUGUCUCAUGCUUGUCACGCUUUAAGUGAUAUUAUUGUUGACAUGGGUCAACAACCACCCAGAAAUUUGAGGUGCAGACCCAUUAUUAUUCAACAAUCGGCUAUUAUGCACUCCGACGGUCCAAUUCGGGUAGAGGCACAUAUUAGUGUACAUGGUCGGAAUGGAAAUAACAACAACGCCAGUGAAGAAAACAGUGACACUGCCAGCACGGCUGCGCAAUCAGAAUCAAAUGAUGCUAAUACAGAAGAAAGUAAUCAACAACCAGAACCUGAAACUGGACCUGCUCAACAGCAAGCAGAGCAACAGCAAGAUCAAGAACCGACACAAUCACCGUUUGGUACAGUCUUUAAUUUGCCAAACAAUGUGGAAGUAUUAAUGGAAGUUAGUCCUGAAGGUAAUAUCGAUACUGCAUCGGGAAGUGAACAGUCUCAGUCUGGUGAAAAUAACAACAAUAAUAAUAACAAUAAUGGUGGAAGAAUAGGUGGCGUUGCUGGCGCAUUCCCCUGGGGUUCAGCUCCUCCAUCUGAUUUUAUACGAAAUAUAAUGCAGGCUGUAGCGGGUCAUAUGGUGCAAGGUGGUAUUACUACCACCACAAUUACAUCCCAAAAUCCGCCAGCAGCUGGACAACAAACAGUUUCAUCGCUCGAUGGAAAUACAAAUGCUGGACAAAGUACCCAAGCACGAAGUAACGUAGGUACUCACCCUACUACAGCAACACAUACUAGAAGCACAUCGCGCCCACACGUAUUUCAUCAACAGGCACAUCCUCUGGGUGUUGGAAUGAGUAUAGGUCAAGGACUUGAUUUCGAUCCUUUACUUCCUUGUCAUUCGCAUCACGUUCAACGUCGAAUGGCAAAUACAGCUUCCAGGACUGUUACUUCAACAUCACAGGGAACUCGGACGAAUCAGGCAUCCACAACAGAAACUCAGACUCCGGCACAAACAGCAACAACUUCAUCAACCACGACCAGUAACACGAGCUCCACAAACACCACUGGCAACAUUAACAUCAACAGUAACAGUCCUGAUUUAGCCGAAACACUCGACCUUGCAAUGCGGUUGCUUUUAGUUAGUAAUCCGAAUUUAAACAUAGGGAUGGUAGUAGAUAGGAGCCUGGGUUUCAGUCAAGCCCGGCCUAAUGGUCCAACUGUGGCAGACGCUUUGCAUCCCUUCACGUCGCUUUUCGAUUUACAAAAUCCCGGGAAUGAAGGAAAUUUCCUUGUGAACUUAACUGUAUUAGUGUUACAAAAUAUGACACUAGAAGAUAUGAUGAGAUUCCGGAGCGGCCAGUGGGAACCAAUGUCUCGCCAAAGGAGACCAUUGCAAGAAUUUUUCCAAAACAACUUUCCAAAUACUACACCGGAAGAAAUGCAAGAACAGGCUGCGCAACAGCUUUUAUCACAAUUGAGACCACAUCUGCAAAGUCUGUUAGCGACGGAAGAGGAUUCCAGUGGUAGAAGUGGUUCGCGUGUUAUAGAUAUUUGUGCAACUGUAGAAGCUUUACUUCAGCGUCAUAUCACAAAUAUUCUACAAUUACUGUUCAAUAGUGAUAUUAGCGACAGUACGUUCGGGCAAGAAAUUUUCACUACUCUAUGUCAUUUGGAAAGACAAUUAUGUGCAGUAUUGCGAUAUUCCAUUCGUGGUGGUCAAGCAGGUUUGGAAGCUAUUGUGACGCGUUUUAUGACUGAAAGGUUCGAAGACAGUCACCCCUGUUUACGGUUGUUUGUGGAGGACGUUUUCAUACCCCCUUACCGUAACGUGACGCAACCUCCUGAUUCAGAAAUUCUUCCACUUUUAAUAUACAAGAAUGUACCCUCCUCUCAACCGUCUGUUGUGCCUUCGGAUUCGGCACAUCAACCUUCACAAGCACAAACCGAGGCGGAGCCUGUAGAGGCUGAAGUUGUAGAAGAAAUAACACCUGUAGAAGUAACUCCAGCAGAUGAUGGUGAGGAAGUUCCAGAGACUUUCCCAGGUCAUGAAGCAUUACCUUCAGACUGGGUACCAAUAAUUGCUCGAGACGGCGUAAGGCAACGUCGUCAACUACAAACACAAGGAAUGACAAAUGGUGGUGUAGCAACAUUCAGCGAUGCCUACUUAGGCACAUUGCCCACUAAACGUCGUAAAUUAAUUGAACAACAGAAACCACGAUUAUUAGUCAGUCCUACACCAAAUCACUCAGCAAUAACAGCGUCCAUGGAACGCUUAGUUAGAGAAGGUGUGAAUCGAGCGGGUGUAGAGGAAGUUGAUGGCGCUGCCGUCGCUGUCGCUGUAGAUCCUGGUGUCAGACGUGCAUUCGGUCAAGCAAUCAGAGACUGCUUGAAUCCACGCAGAUACGGAACACCAGAUUUUCCAGAUCCCUUACGUUUCCCUAACGCCACUAAAUAUUUUUCGGAUCAAGAUAGACCACCCAAAUAAUAAUUCUAAUCAGGAAGCAAUUUAUAAUGGCUUAGAGUAAUCAUAAAGGAGACACCAGGUAGCUUUAAAAAAAAAAUUGAAAAAUUGCAGUGACCAAGGAAAAUAUAUAAUAUAUUCAUAACUUGU